AUGUGGAGUCGCAUUGUGGCGCGUACGGCACGUCGUAGCAGCAGCGCUCUGUCGACCGGGUGUAUUGCAUCCAAGCAGCGUGCAUCUCAUGUCUUACCGCUUGGUAGUCUCUCAAUACGCUUUGGAUCAUCGGAAUCAACAACGCCGUCUCGGUUCUUAAGUUUGGUGGAUGAGGAGAAAACUAAACAGGACGCAGAAGGAGAAGAAAGAGACGAAAGCGCUGGAGAUGAGGACGGUAAAGAGGACACAGAAGGGAAUGAUGGAGAUAUUGAAGUGGACGUGAUUCCAGAUGUUAAUAAGGGUGGUGUUAUGGAAAAUGACGAGCUGGACGAGCACGUGAUGGAGCUGUUCAUGGAGAAUCCACUGCGAUGGACACCGACUGUCCUAGCGCGUAAGUUUCACCUUUCUAAGCCUCGUGUAGAGGCUAUUAUUUGGUUGAAGCGUAUGGAGGCUGAUCUUACGCCCGAGGAGUUUCGUGACAAGGUACAGGAAGCUAAGGAAAGGGCUCGCAAGGAGAAUGAAGCGCACGCCAAAAAACUAGCAGAAGCUGAAGCUUCAGGAAACGAGAAGGAGGCUGCACGCUUGAAAAAGCGCGAACGACAGGAGGAGGAGGCUACGGAACCGGACGAGGAACUAGAUGCCCGCGAGGAGGCGACGCUUAUGGGCGUUGACGAUGAGCCAUUUAGGAACCCCGAAUUCUUCUUCCUCAACGACGAAUUUGAGGGAUAUCCGCCUCUUGUACGACGCAUGGGUAAGCAUGGACACACGGAUCAGCUGUAUCCCGAAGAGGCGCUGGAGCUUCAGCGACUGGCGGGGAACAACAAGAUUGAAUUGAUGAAGAGCUUUGCUGACCCCAAGAACAACCAGUCAAAGGCUAGGUUUUGUCUGGCUGUAAAAGAUAUAUCCACAAAGAAGAAACACUUGCUAGUGCGUGACCGGAGCCGCACGCUGCGUUUGGCUACGAACGAGGAAGUGCUGCCCCGCACAUGGGUCCGCAGACCACCUCAUUUCCGCGGACUGGACAAAGAGCUUGCUUGA